AUGCUCGGCGAGCACUGGGAUCGCGAUCGGCGACACCGCUGGCGGCGCUGGAGCACGCGGUGGCGCGUGUGGCUGCUCUCGCGCCGCAACCGCCACGCCACCAUUACCGUCCUCGCGCUGCUCUCCCUCUUCGCCGUGCUGCGAGUGACCCAGUCAUUGCUGGAGUACCGUCGCCGCCUCGCAUGGACCGUGGACACCCUGCCUCCCGCACAGGUCGAGGCCUUCACCGACCGCCUGUGGCGCGAGACGCAGCGCUUCGACCCCGACACUCCGCGCGGCCUCGUGCUGCCGUUGUUCGACGACAUCGCAGUGCUGGGGCUCUCUCUGCUGCUGCAGCUGCGCCAUCAGCAGGUGACGCUGCCCGUGGAGGUCCCGCACUGCGGAGACCUGAGCCUUGAACUGCAGACUGCAGUGCGGGAGCGAGACCCGCUGGUCAGAUUGUACGACGUGUGUGAGAUGGCAGCAGAGGCGGCGCUGCAGGACGAGAGCGGCCGCCGUCCGCUCUUCUGCGUGGACCUGGGGCACUGCCACCACAAGUUCCGCAGCUUCGAUAUCAAGGUGCUGGCGGUGGUGUACUCGCGGUUCCAGGAGGUGAUGCUGCUGGACGCCGACACGCUCUUCUUCCAGAGCCCCAUGUCGCUGUGGGAGACGCGCAAAUACCAGGAGACGGGCACGCUCUUCUUCAACGACCGGAUCAGCUACGAGUUGUCGUACUUGGCGGCGAGAGCGCCGGACAGUGACGGCCACGUGGAGAUCAACGUUGGAGCAAUGCACCGGUUCCUGGCGGGGUUCGACGUCACCCCGUACCGACGGUUUGGUGUGGUGGACAGCAGUGAACCGAGGCUGCAACGUCCUAGACGGAUGCUGGGGCUGGAUUUCGGCUACCAGCCAAGUACCUUCUUGCUCAACUCGCACGUCUGGAGCUUGCGGAGUGGCCACCAAAUGGACUCGUCGCUGGUGCUGUGGGACAAGGUACGCCAGCCUCGGGCAACGGCCAUUUUGGCGUCGUUCGUGUCGCUCAAUGGACUACCCGUGCCCCCGUCUUAUGGAGAUAAAGAGGCUUGGUGGCUGGCGUGUGAACUUGGUGAGACUGCGUACUCCUUCUCGGACUUUGCGGUUGGUACUGUGGGCUGGGAACUGCUGACUGCUGGCCGACAAAAUGAUGGGGUGCUGUGUGGUGACGCGUUGCAGCACUAUCCUGUGCAAACAAACCCCGCCAAGGGCCCGGAAGCGGACGUCGAGCCGCUGUACAUGAACAGCGACAACAUUUUAGAGUGGGGUCAAGGGUCUCGUCGUCUGUACCGCACAGCAGCUCGACCUGCAGAGCUGUACCCUGGCUCCUUCACGGAGCAAAAACUGCUGCAGACUUGCCCGUUUGACGUAACGACGAUGGAGAUCACUCCACUGGAGGCAAUGCUACUAACGCAGCGGACGGAGCUCUACGAUGUGAUGGCGGGCUGGAUAGACGAGCGCUCGGGCACGUGGUGGAACCCGUUUGCUUAG